AUGCGAAAAUCUUGGCUUGCUCUGCUUGCCGCUUCUUUUGGCUGUGAAGGGACAGCAGCGCUGACACUCCACCAAAGGGACCUGCCUGCUGUUGUGUCGCUGGGUAUCAAACGCAAUGAUGUUAUCGACCCUGUGCUUAGAGAUCGGAUGAGACGAAAACGAGACAAAACUGUCAGCCAAAGUCUUGACAACGAGCAAACAUUAUAUUUCUGCAACAUCACAUUGGGAACCCCAGAGCAAAGCCUACGAUUGGUUCUUGAUACAGGGAGCAGCGACCUUUGGUGUAAUGCCCUGAAUUCGACUCUCUGCUCAUCUAGCGAUAAUCCUUGCGAUGCCUCAGGGUCUUACGACCCAAGAUCGUCUUCAUCAUAUGCGUAUGUGUCUUCUGACUUCAACAUCUCGUAUGCCGACGGGUCCGGGGCCGCCGGUGACUAUGUAACCGACACCAUUCACAUUGGAGGCGCGGCUAUCAAGAACCUCCAGUUUGGGGUGGGUUAUUCAUCUAGCUCUGCCGAGGGUGUUUUGGGGAUAGGAUAUGCCACGAACGAAGUCCAGGUUGGCCGGCUCGGCAAAAGUGCUUACGCAAACCUCCCUCAGGCCAUGGUCAAGAAUGGUCUGAUCAGAUCGAACGCUUAUAGUCUUUGGCUCAAUGAUUUGGGAGCAGAUACGGGCUCAAUCUUAUUCGGGGGCGUGAAUAAGGGAAAGUACCGUGGUGAGCUGCAAACUUUGCCCAUUCAGACAAUCAAUGGGGUCUACUCAGAGUUCAUAAUCGCGCUUACGGGUAUUUCACUGAGCUCACCCUCAAACCAUCAUACCUAUUCAUCUUCCGAUGCACUCCCAGCCGCGGUCCUACUUGACUCGGGAAGUUCUCUAACUUAUCUUCCCAACUCUAUCGUGCAAAGUAUUUAUAAUGAUCUUGGUGUCACCUAUGAACCAUCCAGUGGUGUUGGCUAUGUACCAUGCAGCUUGGCACAGCAGAAUAUUAACGUGACCUACACUUUCUCAUCACCUGCUAUCACGGUUGGGAUUGAUGAACUCGUUCUAAGUGCAGGCGAUCUCCGGUUCCGAAAUGGCGCACGCGCAUGCAUUUUCGGGAUUGUUCCCGCCGGAGAUGGCGCUGCUGUUUUAGGGGACACAUUCCUACGCAGUGCAUAUGUUGUUUAUGAUCUAUCCAACAAUGAAAUUUCUCUUGCCAAUACCAAUUUCAACUCUACUGAAGAUGAUAUACUGGAAAUUGGAACAGGCGAUGAUUCCGUUCCUGGGGCUACCCAGGUUUCUAACCCAGUCACAUCUGUUGUGGCUGGUGGGUCAGGGGCCAGGAUUGGGGGCCCAACGGGUGGGAUCUUUACUGAUUUGCCAUCGGCGACAAGCACUGGCGGCGCUGCGAUUCCUGUACGGCCGACGGAGUUUCCAAGCCACUUGGCCUUCGGUGCUGCAGCAAUUGGAUAUGUGUUAGCUUUAUGAUUGAUAUUGGACCUGCACCUAGCAAUCGACUCACCAUCUUGCCUUGUUCUAUACUUGUUUAGUCCGCUAGCCAUAUGCUACUUGCCGAUACCCUAGAUAGCCAUUCCUUCCUUUGCUUGUCUUGCUCCUUUUGUCUUUUCCAAACUCUAAAACAAGAAAGAAACCUCCAGCCGCUCUCCUCGCUUCUGCAUCUAGCUAUCAUCAUAUCCGAAGUCACGGGGUUUCCCAACAGAGGCGUUAGUUUGUGUGCUUCUCUUUUACGAGGUAUACAUAGAAGCAAGCCUGUUUAUACUUUAUACUAUUUUUCUCCCUCCCGAAAUGCAACUCACCUGGCUGGCUAUUAUUUUUGUAUAUGGCCCUGCAUGGCGAAUGGGGUCCUUUUAACAGGCUGUGCAUUCCCCACUUCCCCCAGCUAUUCCCGUUCCCUGGCUCAACGUCGUCUCUCUCACCCAUAAAAGACAAACUUAAAAAUUCUGGCAUGUACGCACUUCAUUAACGGAUACUGUGCCAAUGCCACGUAUUCCUAAUCCAACCAUCCUAAGGGCGCAUCAGCAGCAUCCGCUUCUUCCGCUACUGCUCCGAGAAUGUCGCUCUCUUGAAUCUGCAAAAAGCGAACUUCGCUGGCUACAUGAGAGUGCUAGCCGCCUAGUUUCGUCCAAAAGGUUGGCGCGGUCGGCACAUACCCCCCU